AUGUGCAAAGGCUUUGGCUCCACUCUGAUAGGACCUGCCCUACAAUGGUACAUCAACCUACCCACCAGGUCCAUAUCCUCUUUUGCGAGCCUCAGCGACAACUUUGGGGAGCAAUUCGCAAGUAGUAGGAGCCUGGAGAAGAUUUCAGACGAUCUCUACGAGAUUCUUCAGCAUCGGGUAGAACCUCUGCGAGAUUACAUAGCCCGCUUCAACCAAGAAAAGGUGGCAGUUCCCGAGUGCAGCAUUCCUGCCGCGAUCUCUGCCAUCAAAAGGGCCCUGCUUCCAGACGAGGGCCUCUACAAAGAACUAACCAUGUAUCCCUGCAAGACCAUGGAAGACGUGUUAUCCCAGGCCUGGGCGCAAGUGAAGUCGGAAGAAGACGUCGCUAGCCGCGCUAAGGCCCAGCCGAAGCAGGACCAAAAGGCGGCCCGAUCGGAUCAAGGAAAUCGGGAUGAAAGAUCCUCCCAAAGAGCGACCAAGGACUCCGGGAACAGAAACCAGGGCAGGUUCCAGUACCGACCCCUGGAAAAGGAAGAAGGAAUGUCGGUAUCCACUUGGCCAGACAUCUCCCAUCUAUCGAUAUCCACACCGGAGCUAGUCAACGUCUUGAGCCAGAUGGGCCAACAGGUCAAGUGGCCUCACAAGAUGAAGGCACCUGACUCGUUCCGGAACCCUGGCCUCUGGUGCGACUUCCAUCGUGACCACGGUCAUAAAACUGAAGACUGCGUCGCUCUAAGGAUCGAGGUCAAUGAACUACUCCAAAAGGGGCAUCUCCGAGAAUUCCUCUCAGAAAAAGCCAAGAACCAUCUAAAUAAAGAGGUGCCGGCAAAAUCCGCUGGAGCUAUACCCGCCUCACCACCUCGCAGGACCGACUUCACGGCUAAGGAGCAGGAUAAGAUCCUGGCUUCCCACCAUGAUGCCCUGGUCAUCUCGCUCACCGUAGCAAACUGCUUGGUAAAAAGAAUACUAGUGGACAAUGGUAGCUCUAGCAACAUCAUCUUCCAGACUGCUUACCAGGACCUAAGGCUGGAGGAGAGCGUCCUGACGCGCAAAAUAACUCCACUCAUCGGAUUCAGCGGCGAAGUCAAGCAAACAGCCGGAGAGGUCACUCUCCCAGUGCACGCUAAAGGGAUCAACAUGUCUACCAAGUUCUUGGUCGUCGGCAGUCAAUCAGGAUACAACAUGAUCCUAGGAAGACCCUGGAUUCGCGACAUGGGAGCAGUCCCUUCAACCCUUCAUCAAAUGGUGAAAUUCCCUGCACCCUGGGGCAUCAGAAUAAUCAAAGGAGAUCAGGAGAAUUCUCGAUCCUGCUACCAGACCGCCUUAAAGGGGAAGACAAAGGUCUUAUAG